AUGAAUUUAAUAUAUUCGAUAUUAUUCAUAUGUUUYGUGAAWGUUGUAAAUAAUUGUUACGCKGCUGAUGAUUCGACGACAUUUAGAAAUGGUACCUUGGAUAGAGGCAUGYYUCCGGAUUGUACUUUUAAUGAGAAAGAUAUAGUAUUYUAUGUUUAYUCAAGGGAUAAGCGAGAUGGUAUUAUUCUUAAGAAAGAAACUUUAACGAAUUACGAUCUGUUUAAAAAGUCUACAAUAUCAAAACAAGUUGUAUUUCUUAUACAUGGAUUCCUUUCAACUGGGAAUAAUGAAAAUUUCGUUGCAAUGUCGAAAGCUUUGAUACAAAAAGAUGAUUUUCUUGUAAUUUCGGUCGACUGGAAGAAGGCUGCUUGCAAUGCUUUUGCUUCGACAAAGGAUGCUUUGGGUUAUCCCAMAGCCGUUGGAAACACACGUCACGUUGGAAAAUUUGUAGCUGAUUUUACAAAACUACUUGUAGAAAAAUAUAAAGUGCUGAUAUCAAAUAUACGAUUGAUCGGGCAUAGUUURGGCGCGCAUACUUCAGGUUUUGCGGGAAAAGAAGUUCAAAAGUUAAAAUUAGGAAAAUACAAGGAAAUUAUCGGGCUUGAUCCUGCUGGACCGUAUUUUCUUACGAGUAAAUGUCCGGACAGACUUUGCGAAACAGACGCAGAAUAUGUUCAAGUUAUACAUACAUCAAUCGUAUUAGGAGUAUAUUAUAAUGUUGGUAGCGUUGAUUUCUACGUGAAUUAUGGAAAAAAUCAACCUGGUUGCAAGGAACCAUCCUGCUCUCAUACGAAAGCCGUGAAAUACCUGACUGAGUGCAUAAAACAAGAAUGUUGUUUAAUUGGAACACCAUGGAAGAAAUAUUUCAGCACUCCAAAACCAAUUUCCCAGUGCAGAAGAGACACCUGUGUUUGCGUUGGAUUGAAUGCAAAAAGUUAUCCUGCUAGAGGCGCAUUUUAUGCACCGGUUGAAGCCAAUGCACCUUAUUGCCAUAACGAGGGGAUUAAACUUUAAUUAUAAACAAAAGUCAAUGUACACG